AAUCGUGCGGGCUGGCUUGACUGUGUUUUUCGAAGUGGCGGCUGGCUUGACCGUAGUCUUGAUCCCGACUUGUUCCCCACUUGACCACAGCUUUUGGUCGAGUCUGCUGCUGCUUCUGCUCUCGUAUAGUUUCCAGGCUCAUCUGGACCGAGCCUCGCUGUCACUGGAUCACUGCCGCACGUGCUGUCAUGGAGGAAGAGGCCCUCUCCGCCCUGUGCACUCCUGCUCUGGUGGUGGAUCUGGACAAAGUUAAAAGAAAUGCAGAGAGGAUGAUUGACCGCUGUCAGAAUUUGGGAGUCCAGCUUCGGCCUCACAUGAAGACCCACAAAACCCUUGAGUGUGCUGACAUUUUGACGGGCGGAUCACGGAGGUGCAUCGUGGUCUCCACCCUGGCCGAGGCCGGUUUCUAUGCCGACCACGUGCUCUCAACUCAUCCUCUGAACAGCUUUGGGAUAAGUGUCCGGAACCGGGCGCUCGGUUGGCUAACCAUGCCGGGCAGGCGUGAGAGCUCACGGGAGUCAUCUCUGGAUUUGUCCUCCGGCAGGCUGAAGGCGGCCGGCAUCACCUGUAAGUCCAGCAUAGGCUCCACCCCUUCCUGUAGCCACCCUGUGCAAGACAUGGCGCAGCUCAGCGAGGUGCAUCCUGGAAACUACGCCUUCUAUGGUGUGUGUGUGUAAAUGUGUUUGUGUGUACGUGCACGCGAUGUUAUGGCGUGAUGAAAGCGAGUCAGCUGGUCCGGACACUGUCCUCACAGGAACCAGCUCCUGAUUGACUGUGGAUGGAGCGGACUCAGUCUCGACGGAGCCGGAAAGCUUCCCACUGGAUAUGCUGUGAUUGAAGGACACCCGGAUCUCAAGUUGUUAUCUAUGACCCAGGAGCACGGCAGAGUGGAGCCCAUCUCAGGAGCGUUGGACUACGUCAAACACCCCCUGGGCUCUCUGCUCACACUGAUCCCCUACCACUCGUGUGCAAGUGCGGCGAUGCACCCCGUGUACUACGUGCACUCUGAGGGCCGUCUGCUGGGGAAGUGGACACCAACACGUGGGUGGUGAACCAGCUCAAUGAACACGGCUCGGAGGAAUUCUUGGAGCUGGUAGUUUAUUCCACAAUGUAAGCGUAGAGGUAUUCCAAUCCCACUGAUUAAGUAACACAUAAUCAUUUUGUAGUCCUAUUCUCCAAAUGUUGUAGAUGAAGAUUUUGAGGGGAAAAAAAUUAUCUUUUGGACGAUGUUGUAAUGUCAUCACUUUCUUAAAAGCCACAUGCUGUGUUUUUUAAUGUGAGCACUCGCUGGAGGUCUGAAACCAUAAACACAAUUACUAUGAAGAGCAUGGGUUAUGGCUCUUGUCGGUAAUCAUUGUACAUUUGUUUUAACAUUUCUCAUUUAUUUUUCAAUCAAUAUUAUUUCUUUGUUGUACAAUCUUCAGUGUUGUAUUGUCUCAAAAUGUAAUAACUGAGAGACACUUUCUCAAAGUGAGUACUGCAGAGAAACAGGCGGUUAUAUUGAUUAUCAGUAGUGAUCAUGAGCCUGUUGAAGUGAGUUUAAAUAUAUUAUCCUUCAUGAUAAACUUUGAUGGACAACAUAUACAUUGACAAGUGUCUCUUGAAUAAUAAUGGUGGUGAUUUAUUUUUUUCUGACUAAAUAAAAUUCCAAUGAAGUUACUGCUA